GAUUUUACGCGCCGUUCUUUAACUGACUCAGCGAUAAACCUACCUCUCCCUGCUCUUGCAAAGCAUUCGCUCGGAGGUAGUUCAUACCAGCCGCAACUAUGCACCGACAACACCUCCUGCUCGCCGGCGCUGUGCUGCUGGCGCUAGCGCCAAGCGCCUUGGCUGCUGGCAAAUAUGCGCUGAACCGCACCGUGGAGUCCACCCUGGCUGUGGCCCACGUGCAGAACGGCACAAACUGCACAUACCCGGGCAUUUGCUAUCCAACAAACGUGACCGUGCCAGCUUUUAGCUUCUGGUACUGGUGCGGCUUCUACUCGACGCACCGCAGCAACUACUACGUCAGGUCGGUAUCGAACAGCAGUAACUUCACAGGGCAGUGGCUGUACCGCAAGAAUGUUAUCCAGAGCUGCGUCAUCCCCGGCCUCAACACAUUCGAGAAUUGCCCCACGCUGCCCGAGUCCGCCUGCUCCAAGGCUCGCACCUGCACCGUGCGCACCUUCGGCCUGGUGUUUGAAGAUGAAAUCUGCCUUGUGAUCGUGAACAACCGUAGCUCCAACAUGGUCGCCACGAUCCAGUACAACAACCACUUUGACAGGCCACGCUACUACGGCACCGUGUUCGUUAUCCUCUUCUGCGUCGUCGGUUUCAGCCUGGUGCUUGUCAAGCUAGGCUACGACUUCUACAUCGGCUGCACGUCACCCAUCAGCAAGCACCACGAGCCAGUACGCAUCAUCCGCGCCAACACGAAGGGCGCUGAUGGUCUGCAUGAGGAGCUGCUUGAUCGUGAUGAGGCCGACGGCGAUGAGCGCAGUGCCGCGACUGGGGGCCACUGGGGCCGCCGGUUGGUGAACUUCAUGCGCUGCAACCGGGAUCCCCCGGCGCCCGUAGACCCCGCGCACCAGGCGUAAAUGGCUGGAUACCUGAGUGGGGUACCUGGUUAGAUUGCUUGCAGAGUGCGUGUCGCUACCUGUGCUUGGGAGGUAGCGCCCCGCAGAGCAUGGGGAUGGGUGGUACUUGGUGGGUCCGAGGGCGUUGGCUGGUUCAUGGCCUGUCAUAAGGUGCUCCCAUUACGCAGCUUGGUGUAUUGCUGUAUGGUCAGGAGGCAAAAGAAAUCAACUUGGCGGGUUGUAAGGCGGCGCGGGCCCAUGCGGAGUAAGGGCAGGAUGGGCUGCGCUGACGGUGUCGUCUUCUAUGUCGACAUGGACUCGAAUGACUACUUCGGACGAGGACGCGCAGCUAUGGGGCUUGACCUUGUUGUCCAGGCUACGGCGCUUGACUGUGGGGCUUAUACCCAGGUUGUUGGACUCAUCAUACACUACUAUUGUGAAGCGUGACACCUCGUUGGGCAUUGUACGUGACUGGGUACGGACGGUCGUGCAUGGGCGGUGGGAUGCCAUUGGCUCCGCAUCAUCCUCAUCAUGCAUGGAUAGCUUCGGCCUGCAGGCAACGCUGUAGAUUUGCGUGUGUAAGAUGUGCUGUUCCUUGCAGCUCAUCAAGUAAUAAUGCGGCUAAACGGAUAGCAGUUGGCUAGGGAACGCGUGAUUGAAGCCGUGCGGUCCCACGGGGGGAAUGGGGGAUACGUCCAUUUAUGCACUGCUGUCGGGUGAGUGGCCUCGAAGGAGGGUCUGUGAUGAGCGGCCUCGCCGGGCGUUCUUCAGGCUGAAAGGAUUGCUGGGGAUUGAGAAACGUAAGUAAAGAGCGUGCGAGCGAGUUGAAUGGCUGGGGCCUUGUGCUUAGCGGCGGCUAUAGGUAGGGCUCCACCUGCUGCAAGCAUGUAUGGGAGACCUGGAGAAAGAGACGACAUGGUUGCAGCGCAUGUCAAAGACACGCAAGGUGGCUCUCCCUCUCCAGGGAAAAGUGGGCUGCGCAGUGCUCGUAUCUUAAGAAGGCAGGCGCGGCGCCAGUGACAGAUUCCCGAAAACAGGCAUCUUUGAUUUUCAGAAACCCG